GGUGGCGGAGGCUCCUGCAUCGGUCGCCGCUGGUGGCUUGGGGAGCUGCUCUGCGCCCCUCGGACCCGAACCCUUCAGUGCUCUGGUCCUGCGCCAGCCUACCUCGCUCCUCGGCGCCAUGACCACCACUACUACCUUCAAGGGUGUCGACCCCAACAGCAGGAAUAGCUCCCGGGUUUUGCGACCUCCAGGUGGUGGAUCCAAUUUUUCAUUAGGCUUUGAUGAACCAACAGAACAACCAGUGAGGAGGAACAAAAUGGCCUCUAGCAUCUUUGGGACACCUGAGGAAAAUCCCCCUUCGUGGGCCAAGUCAGCAGGUGCCAAAUCUACUGGUGGCAGAGAAGAUUCUGAGUCAUCUGGACUGCAGAGAAGGAAUUCUUCUGAAGCAAACUCUGGAGACUUCUUAGAUCUGAAGGGAGAAGGUGACAUUCAUGGUGUGUGUUCACUUACCUUACUGAUGUGCCAAAGAAGAAAGAUAAGUCAGGAGUAUAUAAGAUGUACAUUAUGGUAGAAGUGUUUUUGUCUAAAAAAGCUCCAUUUUUUAAUUAUUAGACUCAACGACAAAAGCUUUCUCUGUCAAGUCGUACAGAAGUUUCUAAACCUUACUCUCAAUUCCUGUACUUAUAUGGACUAAUGAGAUAGAGUAACAAACCAAGCUCUGUCUUCUCUGGCCAGAGUAUUUCUGACUGGACAAACAGGCAUUUAAAUUAAGAACUGCUCUUGUUUAGUCUCCAUAUGUGCUUUUUUUCCUUCUUCUUUGGUAUAUUGUUAUCUAGUUGUUAAAGACAAAACAGUCCCAUUAAUAAUGAAAGACAAAUAUAAGAUUGGUGGGAAUGAGCUUGAUUUAUCUAAAAAUUAUUUUAUGGAAAUAAACUACCAUGGUAGAGCUGCAAGAUACUGUGUCCUUUAGAAGUGGUCAUUAUCUGCUUGAUCCAGCCAGACAGUGGAGAAUUCCGUUAGAUCCUGUACAGCAGUGGGGCCAGGUCCUAGCAGCAGAAAUGAAACACCUUGAAUUGAUACACUGGCUCAGGCUGAGUUCAUAGUCUGUAUUCAUCUAUCUUGGAUUGUUUUAAAAUAUGGGUUUUUGGGUUUUGUGUGUAUUUUCAGUAAAUUGGAAAUAUUUUCCUAGGUUAUUUAAGGGACACUUAUCAGAGGACUCAGGUACUUAAUGCUGAGGCAUUUGAUCCUGUUUCUUGUAUAACAAGAGUGGAGCAACAGGAAACUAAGGGGUGACCCUUUCCAAGCUUUAGUUCAUAGUCAUGAGAGCUGUCAUUUUGGAAAGCAUCAUACUAGACUUUUACUUGUAGUUGAAUAGUAUAGAACAUUAUGUGUAUUAUAGGUUACUUCUAUAGAAUGUUCUAAAAAUUCAUGAAAUAAAAUGUUAAAAGCAGCAGUAGCAUAUAUUUCUGAGAUUUUGUUGUGUUUCUGAUCUAAGAUCUCUUCCCUCUUGGACUUCUUGGUUUUAGUCGGCUAAAUCAAACUUGUACAAGUGGUUUUAGGUACGUGAAUUUUUAACAUUUAGUCUUUGAAGAACUUAAAGAAAGUACAUUCUUUGAAAUUAGCACUUUUCAUUGGUGUCCAAUAUGAGUCCAGAUGAAGUUUUUACAUAGUUUAUGUCAUAACCAACAUUUCUGCUUCACUACUUCCAGGGUUUUGGAACUCCUAAAGUAGGGGAGGAAAUAAAUGUCUUUAACCUUAAGGUAGUUUUCUCCCAAGUCUUAUGAAUUAGUACUUAGUUUCUAUACAAGGUGCCUUUUUGUGUGUGUGUGUGGUCUAACAUUCCUUAAACUAUUAAACUCUUCGUAGAAAUUUCCUUUCACAGAAAUUACAGUCUUUUGCAGUCACUCUUGAUUUUUUUUUUUUUUUUUUUUGUGAGGAAGACCAGCCCUGAGCUAACAUCUGUGCCCAUCUUCCUCUACUUUAUGUGGGACCCCGCCACAGCAUGGCUUGACAAGGGGUGCAUCGGUGCGCUCCCGGGAUCCGAACCUACUAACUCUGGCCCGCCCCAGCGGAGCUCGUGCACUUAACCACUAUGCCACCGGGCUGGCCCCAGUAGACUCUUUUUAAUAAAUGAUGUUGGUACUGUCAACUUAAAAAGCACAUUUGCCUGUUAUUUUAUCUCCAAGAUGAGUGUAUGCAGGAAUAGCCAGAAGAAUUGCAACUCAGGUGCAUUGUGCAUGCUGUGGCAAACCUUAGGCAGAUCCAGCAAACAAAGGAGAGGAGCUGCUUCAAGAGAAAAAGGGAGAGUAGAGAAGGGCUGUUCUAAAGGAAAGGCCAUUGCGGGGAAGUUCAGGGUGGCAGUGGCUUCUCAUUGGCUGAGCUGCAGCGUUCCUCAUUGGCUGGGCUGUUGCUGAGCUGGGAGAGAAAUCUUACUUCAAUAGUAAAGUAGUUUUACUUCCCGUUAGAGAUGUAAGCAUCCCUCUUCCUGUUUGGUGUAAUUGCGGAUUUGUGAUAGGGCGUGAGAGCUCCCCCUACAGGCCUUCCGACUCCAAUUUAGUUAAGGUUCUUUUAUUAAUUUCCACAGUACAAUUGGCUAUCUGUGUGGUUAAAAAAAAGAUCAGCCUUACCUAGUAAUCAUGGAAAUGUAUCAUAAAACAGGAAUGAAAUAACAUUUUUUCACCCAUCAGUUUGGCAAAUUUUAAAGUGAGGUGGUCAUCAAAUGGUGGAUGUGCAUAAAUGUAAGGAGACAGACUGCAGUGGUGGGAUAGAGCUUGGCACAGCCUCUUGGGAGGAGAAUGUGUAGUGUCUGUUCAUACUGAAGAUAGUAGCCCUGGGCACACAUUCCAGUGUAUAUGCAUUACAGCUUUAGAAUGGUUGGGUUGGUUUCAAUUUUUUGUAUCAGUAGAGCAAAUAUAGUACUAUAUUAUAUCAAAUAUACUAUAUCGUGAUAAAAUAAUAUAAAGCAAUUAAGCAACCAUCUUUAAAAAAAAUCUGAGACUCUUCAUCUUAACUUGAAAUAGUUACUCGCCUUAAUUUCCUU